AUGGAAGCUGAUGAUGGUCAAGAUAUGUCCCAAAUUUCAGGGAAGGAAAGCCCUCCCAUAAGUGAUAAUCCUGAUGAUGGUGAUGAGCCCAUGCCUGUUCCUGAGGACCUGUCCACCACUUCUGGAGGGCAGCAGAAUUCCAAGAACGAGAGAGGUGUGGCCAGUAAUGUUAAAGUAGAGACUCAGAGUGAUGAAGAGAAUGGGCGUGCCUGUGAAAUGAAUGGGGAAGAAUGUGCGGAGGAUUUACGAAUGCUUGAUGCCUCAGGAGAGAAAAUGAAUGGCUCCCACAGUGACCAAGGCAGCAAGGCUUUGUCAGGAGUUGGAGGCAUUCGACUUCCUAAUGGAAAACUAAAGUGUGAUAUCUGUGGGAUCAUUUGCAUCGGUCCCAAUGUGCUCAUGGUUCACAAAAGAAGCCACACUGGGGAACGCCCUUUCCAGUGUAAUCAGUGCGGCGCCUCUUUCACUCAGAAAGGCAAUCUCCUGCGCCACAUCAAGUUACAUUCUGGGGAGAAGCCCUUCAAGUGCCACCUCUGCAACUACGCGUGCCGUCGGAGGGAUGCCCUCACGGGCCACCUGAGGACACACUCAGUUGGUAAACCUCACAAAUGUGGAUAUUGUGGCCGAAGCUAUAAACAGCGAAGCUCUUUAGAGGAACAUAAAGAGCGCUGCCACAACUACUUGCAAAGCAUGGGCCUUCCAGGCACGCUGUACCCAGUCAUUAAAGAAGAAACUAAUCACAGUGAAAUGGCAGAAGACCUGUGCAAGAUAGGAUCAGAGAGAUCCCUCGUGCUGGACAGACUAGCAAGUAACGUCGCCAAACGUAAGAGCUCUAUGCCUCAGAAAUUUGUUGGAGAGAAAUGCCUGUCGGAGAUGCCCUAUGACAGUAGCACCAGCUAUGAGAAAGAGAAUGAAAUGAUGUCAUCACAUGUGAUGGACCAGGCCAUCAACAACGCAAUCAGCUACCUAGGAGCUGAGUCCCUGCGCCCCCUGGUGCAGACACCGCCAGGUGGCUCUGAGGUGGUCCCGGUCAUCAGCCCUAUGUACCAGCUCCACAAGCCCCAUGGGGAUGGCCCCCAACGCUCCAACCACACAGCUCAGGACAGCGCCGUGGAGAACUUGCUGCUACUCUCCAAAGCCAAGUCAGUCUCUUCAGAAAGGGAUGCCUCACCAAGCAACAGCUGCCAAGACUCCACAGACACCGAGAGCAACAACGAGGAGCAGCGUGGCGGCCUCAUCUACUUGACCAACCACAUCAACCCCCAUGCUCGGAAUGGCCUGUCCAUCAAGGAAGAGCACCGGGCCUACGACGUGCUCCGGGCAGCUUCCGAGAACUCGCAGGAUGCCUUCCGUGUAAUCAGCCCCAGUGGCGAGCAGAUGAAGGUGUACAAGUGCGAACACUGCAGGGUGCUUUUCCUGGACCACGUCAUGUAUACCAUCCACAUGGGCUGCCAUGGCUUCCGUGAUCCUUUUGAGUGCAACAUGUGUGGCUACCACAGCCAGGACAGGUAUGAGUUCUCAUCACACAUCACCCGUGGUGAGCAUCGCUUCCAUAUGAGCUAA